ACGUACUUUACGGUAAAAAAAUAACGGAACCCGGAAGUGUGUUCAAACAGCGGGAGCGGUGUGUUCGGCGUGCAGGUGAGGAUGAGGACGAAGAGGAGCUGAGAUGGCAGAGAGCGGAGCUCAGCUGUUUGCUCGCCUGGAGCCUCGCCGCAGCCUCAAACACAUCGAGCCCCGCCUCUUCCCUGACGACGGCGGGCCGGACCACGGUGAGGUGGUGGAGCUGCACGGGACAGAGGGGACAGGGAAGACUGAGCUGCUGUACCACCUGCUGUGUCGCUGUGUGUUGCCGGCGGCGGCGGGCGGCCUGGAGACGGACGUUGUGUUCGUGGACACCGACUACAGUCUGGACAUCCUGAGACUCGUCAGCAUCCUGGACAGCAGACUGAGCGCUGCCGGUGGCCUGGAGGAGGCGGAGCUUCGCUCCUGUCUGUCCCGCCUCCUGGUGGUCCACUGCUCCUCCUCCUCCCAGCUGCUCCUCACUCUGCACUUCCUGGAAACCGCCUUCUCGUCACGGCCGAGCCUAUCGCUGCUCCUCAUCGACAGCAUCUCCGCUUUCUAUUGGCUGGACCGCUGCGAGGGCGGGGCCAGCGUCUCCAAACAGGAAGAGAAGCUCAGCAAGUGUUCAGAGCUGCUGGGCCGCCUGCUGAGGGAUUACAGGAUCACCGUGUUCGCCACCUCCCACGCCAUCAGGAGGAGCUACAGGAGCCCCGACGCCCCCGGCUCCUCCUCCUCCUCCUCCUCCUCCUCCUGCUCCUCCUCGGAGGGCGAGCGGCCGUACCUCUGUCGCUCGUGGCAACGCCUGGUGACCCACAGGCUGCUGUGCUGCAGGGCGGAGGCUGGAGGCAACAUGGCCGCCGCCGCAGGAGGAGGCAACAAGGAGCAGAGGAGACGGCAGGUCUUCAGCGUGCACUGCACCUCCUCCUCCUCCUCCUCCUCCUCCUCCUCCUCCUCCUCCUCCAGGUUGAAGGCUUACAGGAGCAGCUCCUUCUACGUGACAGAUGGAGGCGUGGUGUUCAUCUGAAACGCUCCUCCUCCUCCUCCUCCUCCUCCUCGUCCUCCUCCUCGUCACACUACAGCCUUUAUGAACUGAUGGACACUGAACUUGCUCCUCCUCCUCCUCCUCCUCUCUGCCGGCUGGAGGCUGCAGCUCCUCUCACACUGAGGAGAUCAGUGUUGGAGUUUCUGGACUGAAAUUAUCUUUUCAUUUUUACUAACCCAUUGAAAGCCAAUGGGCAGAGGCUUUUAUGUUGAUUAAUAAAACUCACCUGAUUUCUUUGUAUUUUUAUUGGUUUUAUUUUGGGGGAUUUUGGGUUGUUGUCACUUUCCCCCAAGUUUUGAGGUACUUUGAUGGUUGUUUUCCUGGAAUUUAAUAAUAAUAAUAAUAAUAAAAAAUAAAAUAAAAAAAGGCAGUUGUCUGGUAGUUUUUUAUUUUGUUUUUUUUUUAAUUUUCUGAUAAUAUCUGAUAAUUUUCUGAGAUUUGUUUUGGUCAGUUAAAUAUGUAUGUGUAUGUUGGGUCGGGGGCAAAAAUUUUCUUGUAAUUUCUUACUAAUUUUAGGAGAAUUUCCUGUUAAUUUGCUAAUCGCCUUUUCGCUUGUUUUGGAAAGAAAUCAAGUGAGUGUGUUCAAGUUUUAUUUGUUUGACUCCAGACUGAGCUGGGACACACACACACACACACACACACACACACACACACACCUUGGUUUCCUUUAACAUCCAACACCUGAGUUAUGGAUGUUUUUUGUUGUUGUUGUUGUUUUAAGUUUCUGUGUGUAGAAAGUAGUUCCACUUGCUGUGUAGAUAUUUCCAGAAGAGGGAAAGGAAACGGCGCUGAGGUCAAAGGUCAUCAGCGAGCUGCCAGGUCGUGAGCUCAAGAGUCUGACGUGCUCUCGCUCAGUUUCGCUUUUUUCUUACCAAAAAACCUCCAUCACAAAACACGACUUCACACACACUUUUCAAAUGAACCUUUAUUUGACCAGAUGAGUGUCAGAGACGUGUGUGUGCUGAGUUCUGCUAUAGAACAGUGUUUACGGAUGUUCUGCUUGUGUUCACCUGCAGCGUCACACACACUGUAAGCAUUUGUUUGUUUGUUUGUUUGUUUGUUUUUUGCUCAUGCUGUCAUUCUGGAUCUGAACGUGUCCUGAUUUCUCGUCCUGCAUGAUGUGACGUCUGCUUUGGCAAUACUGAUGCCUGUUAGCCGUGUCAAUAAAGCUGUUUUGAAUUUGAAAAAAAAAGGCC